GGACCGUUACUUCCGGGAGUGUCCAGUGAGAAAGCCCCUUUAACUUAGCACUCUUUUCUCCUGUUUCUGUGUGAUUUGGCCGGUUGCGGGCCGGUAAAGGUGUAGAACAUGAACCGAAUCUUCGGCCGCGGGAAGCCCAAAGCUCCUCCUCCCAACCUGUCGGACUGCAUCGGGAACGUGGAUGCCAGAGCUGAGUCCAUCGAGAAGAAGAUCGGCAGGUUAGAUGCUGAGCUGAUGAAGUACAAAGACCAGAUGAAGAAGAUGAGGGACGGGCCUUCCAAGAACAUGGUGAAACAGAAGGCCAUGAGAGUCCUGAAGCAGAAGAAGAUGUACGAAGGCCAGAGGGAGCAGCUGGCUCAGCAGUCCUUCAACAUGGAGCAGGCCAACUACACCAUCCAGACCCUGAAGGACACCAAGACCACCGUGGAGGCCAUGAAGAUCGGCGCCAAGGAGAUGAAGAAAGCCUACAAGGACGUGAAGCUGGAUCAGAUCGAUGACUUACAGGACCAGCUGGAGGACAUGAUGGAAGACGCCAACGAGGUGCAGGAAGCUCUGAGCCGCAGCUACGGCACUCCAGAGAUCGAUGAAGAUGAUCUGGAAGCAGAGCUGGACGCUCUGGGUGAUGAACUGCUGCUGGAUGAUGACAGCUCCUACCUGGACGAGGCCUCGGCUGCUCCGUCCAUCCCCGAGGGAAUCCCCAGCGACUCCAAAACAAACAAGGACGGCGUGCUGGUGGACGAGUUCGGCCUGCCACAGAUUCCCGCCACAUAAAGGAGGAGUAGAAGACCUUUUCUGCGUAGAGAACGUCGGAACGUGUUCGAUCUGAGGAGGGUUUGGAAGCCGUUUGUGGAUUAUCGCUCCCACCGUGCUGACAUGUGGCCUUCAAGCAUUCUAAAUCUCCCGUGUGAAACAGCGUUUCAUUAUUUAGUCUGUUGCUAACUGAUCUCUGUUAUGUUGUGUUAAUUUAUUCCCCUUUGUGGAGUCUCGACAGCUCUGCACACGUUUCCACUCAGGCUGUGAAAAAAAAACCUCCGGGGUUGUUUCACACGUGCAGAAUAAACUGUUUUCAUGUAAAACUUCAGACACUGAAGUCUCUGUU